AUGUGGCCUCUUGCUUCCACCGUUUGGCUGACCCUUUUGUCCUAUCUGAGAAGGGAUACGCCCUCGGUGCUCGAAUCGGUAUCAUGCCGGCCCUUCCUCCCCAAAGUCUUCGUCGACGCGCCCCCUACUGCCAGCCAUCCCCUGAUUCGCGAUGCGACGCAAGCUUUGGACGCGUACCUCGCGACUCGCUUUCACUCUGAAGCCAUCGACACGCUGUCUGUCGGAGCAGUCACGUCCAAUGGCGUACUGUACGAACACAAUUUCGGCGUGCUCAGGGCGAACGAGACGGGCUCUGCUCCUGUCGACAGCCAUUCAAUGUAUCGGAUCGCGUCGGUCUCGAAGAUGUUCACAGUGCUGGAGGGAAUGAUAUUGGAGCAAAGAGGGGUGCUAUCAUGGGAUGAUCGUGUCGACAAGCACCUCCCCGAGUUCAAAUACACCACCCGAGGUCUCGACCCCGACCAAUCCUAUCCUAGUCCUGAUGAAGAGCCCAUCACCCUCGCUCAGCUCGCCUCACACAUGUCCGGCAUGGGAAGAGACUGGCCUCCGGGCACCGCGACGGACUGGCCGCACUCCAUGACCGGUGGAGGACCGCCUCCGACCAACGGCCUGCCUUUCCCUUCCCGCGAAGCCGUCAUGCAAGACAUGCCCAACCACCCUUUCGCGUCCGUCCCCUGGGACCAGCCUAUCUACUCCAACGUGGGCAUCGGUGUUUUGGGACUCGCGCUCGCCGAAGCGGACCGUGCCGCGUCCGGGAGGGAGACCGCUUUGACGCACGCGGAGCUCCUCAAGCGGGACAUCUUCGACCCCAUGGGGCUCAAUGGGAGCCACUUCUUGUCCACCGACGCAACCAAGGACAAGAUUGUUGUUGGUGCAGAAGACUCGGAGUACGCUGACAUGGAUUUCAAGAAUGCCAUGAACCCGUCCGGGGGCCAGUACACGUCACUCCAUGACCUGAUGACCAUCGCACAAAGCCUGCUCAAUGCCAAACAUCCGAAGAGCCAGCUCUCGCCCUUCUCCCUGAGGAAGUGGCUGCGUCCUAUGCACGCCUUCGAAGACAACUGGACGGAAGUGGGCCUUGUCUGGGAAAUUGUCAAGACGCACGACUCCAAUGGUCGCGCUCGCCGCCUCUAUCAAAAGAUGGGAAACGUUGCGAGCUAUCACACCGCAUUCACCGUCAACCCUACCAGCGGGUACGGCAUCGUCGUCAUGAUCGGCGGCUCGUUCAGCGACUCGGGCGAGCUUGCUUACGACGCAUACGAGAUCCUCCAGCCCGCCAUGGACGCCGCGCUUGCCGAGGCGACCGCAGAUCUCUACGCGGGGCUCUGGUACGCUCCGAGCACGAACGCGGACCUGAAGGACUCGUACGCGAUCAUCAACAUGGAGGAGUGGAACCUUUACGGCGAGGACGCGCUCAGCAAGUUCGGGGUGCAGGGUCCUGUCGUGCUUCGUGAGACGCGGAGGGAAGAGUUUAGGGUGGACACUGGCCAGGCCGGCCGUAACGGCAAGCGCCAUGUAGGGUGCUACGUGUACUGGACCAUCCUAGACGAGUGGGGCAUGCGCAACAAUGCCACUGUCAACGCUAUCUACUUCACCGGCUCCAGCAACGAGAGGAGGCUGCACGUGCCUUCGCUAGGUGUGGUGAUGAAGAGAGUAUCCGAAUCGGAGUUCCGGGGGUGA